GGAGGAGGAGGCGGCGGCGGCGGCGGCUACUAUCCCAACAACAGUAGUGUCUACCUGCCGCAGACGUCCGAUCUGUCCUAUGGGCUGCAAAGCUACGGACUGUUCCCCGUGCUGGGCAAACGCAAUGAAGGUCCUCCUCAAAGCAUUGUCCCCUCCUCUCACGCCUACAUGUCAGGGAUGGAAGUCUGGCUAGAUCCCCCAAGGUCUUGCCGCAUGGAAGAGCCGGAGAGCCCGCAGGCGACCUCGUGCUCUUUCGCUCCUAGCAUUAAAGAGGAGAACUCCUACUGCCUCUAUGACUCCGACAAAGGCCCCAAAGAGGCGGCGGCCACCGACCUGUCGACUUUCCCCCGGCUAAACUCCGAGGUCUGCUCCAUGAACAACGUGACCGCUGGGGUACCCGUGCCAGGCUACUUCCGCCUGUCUCAAGCCUAUGGCACCGCCAAGAGCGGCGGCGGCAGCGGCUACAGCAGCAACCACCACCACCCACCCCACCACCACCACCAGCAGCAGCAUCACCAGCACCCGGGGCAAAUGGCUGCUGCCCAGUUCGCCCCGCAGCCCCCGGUGCGCUUUGAGACGCCUCCCGCCCUGCCUCCGGCAGUCCCGCCGCCAGAAGCGCCGAGGAAAGAGAGCGAAGAGUCCUCCCCGCCCGCCACUUUGACUGGCGUCUCCCAAGGGGGGGAGGACGAAGGGCCCGCGUCCUCCUCCACCGCAGAAGAGCUGUCCCCGGCUCCUUCGGACAGCGGCAAGCCCUCCCCGGAGAAGGAAAGCCUAGGCAAUUCCAAAGGAGAGAAUGCAGCCAACUGGCUCACCGCGAAAAGUGGCCGAAAGAAAAGAUGCCCUUAUACCAAGCACCAGACCCUGGAGCUGGAGAAGGAGUUUCUCUUCAAUAUGUACCUGACUCGUGAGCGUCGCCUAGAGAUCAGCCGCACCGUCCACCUCACAGACAGACAAGUUAAGAUCUGGUUUCAGAACCGCCGAAUGAAACUGAAGAAAAUGAACAGGGAGAAUAGGAUUCGGGAGCUCACAGCCAACUUUAAUUUCUCUUGAUGAACCGACAGGCGCCCCUCCAUGGGUUCGAGAGCCAGAAACAUUUUGGGUUUGUUUUUUUGUUUUUUUGUUUUGUUUUUGCCUUUAGCUAACUCUCACCUGUAUGGAUUUGAACGCUUCGAUUUCGGUUGUUUUUUGUUCUGUUUUUUCCCCUCAGCCUCUCCAUAGCCUCCUGAUCACUGAUUCGUUGGGAUAAAGCCAUAAUGAUGCACGUCGCCCCGCGUCUUGUAUUGCCCUUGCUUCAUUCUCGGGUCUUGAAAACUCUGACGCUGAGAAACGGCAUUUCCAGAACUCUAGAUACUGAUUUCCCCCCCCCCCUUGAGAAAACUGAGCCAAACUUAGGGGAAGGCAAAUUGUAUUUCCCCCCUCCAAAGAUAAGACGAAUCUGUGGAGUGGGUUGAGAGUGAGUUUCAGUCUUUUAAAUUUGGUCACUCCGCUUCUUUAGUGGGGGGUGGGGUGGGGGCUGUUGCAGCUUAUAUCGAGAGCCGACCAUUGCGGGUUUCCUAGGAUGUCCAGCAGCGAAGCCUGCGCAGAGUGUGGGUUUCUUGGGGGGGGGCCCAUAUGCUUGACAUUACAGCGUCCACGAAAGCGAGAAUCUACAACGUUCCUCCCCACUGAAAGACAGGGAAAAGUUUGUGUCGUUUUUAAUUGGUUGAAUAAUGAUACUUUCUAGUUAUAGGCAAAGACUUUUUUAUUCUGGAUAGGUUGGGUGAUCCCUAGUUAUGCUGGACAAGCACAUACAAAAAAAAAAUGUUAAAAGACUCGUCUUCCAGGUCUUGGAGGAAAAAGAAACGAAAUCGCUUUCUUCUGUCUGUGAGGGAGUGUGUUUUGCUAUACAUAUAUACAUAUAUUCCACCAGAAACAUUUUCGGCCAGGAAGCGAGGGGGAAGGGUGCCCGAUUUCCUUUGAUACUGUGAAGUUACAUGCGUUGAGAAGGUCAAGCGUGUAGUGCAAAGA